AUGGAUGCUCAGAUUUUAUUCGUCUUCAAAGUUGGUCACAGUGUGCAUCGGAAACGCAAUUCAACUCGGGAAAAGACACACCAUUGGCGCUGCACGGUAGAAAGUUGGAGCGAUCAAUAUCCGCUUUCUGAGUUUGUAAACAACGUCGUAUUCCAGCUUCACGAAACUUUCAAAAAUCCAAGGCAGAUCGUGCACAAGGAGCCCUUUACUAUUGAAGAAGAUGGAUUUGGCAGCUUUCGACUGUUUGCAAGGGUGUCAUUUCUGAACGUAUUUACAGAUCUGCACUAUGACAUCACUCUUUUCGACAACCGUGAACUUCAUGCUUUCCGGACAGUGCGUCUCGAUCCCAAAAACAGCGAGGAAUGGAUUCGCUAUUCUCAAUAUGGUGGUAUUCCGAUUCCCAGAUCUGCUUCUUCUUUGGAGAUUCAGCAGCGAGUUGUGGAACCUAUCCAGAUGUCGGGUUCAAAGUGUAACUACAAUGUCUCUUACUUCUAUCCUGAAAUAGCUAUGUCCGUUUUAAAUUCAGCGACUCGAACUUCUGGGCUAAAAUACUCCUCACCCAGUUCGCUGCGAAAUCGGCCGAGUCGUGAGUCGCGAACUCAAGCCCUGGCAAAUCUUGGCCUUCCUGUCGCCUCCGCAUCUCCUACAGCGUCAAACCCGCCUUCGUUGCCUUCUAUGGGUGUUCCAGGCUCCCAUCCUCCCGGCCAUCUCCCUUCUUCCUUUAAGCACAAAAAGAAACUCCAAUUGAAGCACGAAGCACAGUUACGUUUGGAGAAUCAGCAUCAUAGAGACCCUGAAAGUCCUCCUCUGGCUCCGGCAUCGUCCUCGGUGCCACAACCACCGUUGGUGCCUUCUGUUAACUCCUCCUUCACGUCUCAGCCUGUACAGAAGGAACGUAUUGUUCUCCGGCUUUUUCGUUCUGAUCUUCAAGGGAGUGUGGAGAAAGAGAAGCAAAAAAAGAGUGGGGGUAAACACAAGCACCGCCAUCGGCAUCACCACCAAGUCGAAUUUGAUCAGCGACAGCAACCCCGACCAGAAGUGUGGUCGUCAACCGGCGGUACAAAUCUGCACACUACACCUCCACAACUCCAACACGCUUCGUUGACAUCGCUUGAGGUUGGAGGGGAAAAAGAUCGACUUCAUCAAUCGUCUUCUCCCGAACCCGAGGCGGAAAGCACUUCUCGCUCCUUGUUACCGCCUGGUGAGGUUGCAGUGUCAAAGGUUCCGUCCGUCACUGAGCACCACUUAAAGUCUGCUGAUCCACCUGAAUCGAUAAAUGCCAUUAAUUUUCCGCACAUGGACACAGAACAUGCUACGAUGGUUUGGAUUUCCAAGCUCAAUGGUGGACCCCAACCCCUUGUUUCGCCCCUACCUCCACAGACCAGCCCACACCUUCCCCAACCAUCACCACCAUUACAAUCACUAUCAUCAGAGCAGCAACAGCAGCAACAAAAAUUCCUGACUGAUAAGGCAGAGAAAACGUCAAAAGGGGAAAGGAAUAAGGAAAAUAAGCAUUGUCAUCGAAAUCAGGAGCAAAGGACCUCAAAACAAGACUCUUCUCCAUCUCCGACUCACCCCACCUCUGCAAGACAGGGCGCCUACGACCACGUGUCUUUAAAGGAUCUGAAACGCAGGCCUGACUACACGGAUACUGACGGCAGAAGUAAUAGAAAAGUUCCUAGGGAAACGAAACAUGGACGCAGAGAGGGUAUAAAGUCAUAUAUCCCUCAGGUAUCAGACCACCUCUCACCUGCACGCUCCACUGUCUCCUCGGAUUCCACUCCACCGAUGUCCGGGGAAGCACCUGUUCCAAAUCACUCUGCUAUUGCUACCCAUGCCUCCUGCGGCACAACUACAGGUGUAGGUGACGAGGCCUAUCUGGACAAUGUGGAGUUGGAGCGGUUGUACGAUCGCAUCCUCUGUCUGGAGAACGAAUGCAUGGCUCUCCGGAUGGCCGAGGUGCUGCGGCGCUACUUCAGGCCUGAUGAAGACUCUGGAGUUGAUAUACUCGCGCCAUCUGACGAGCUGCCCGACUAUCCCCAAAUCAUCGCCUUCGACAUGCGCAAAAUGCCUCUGGCAUGUAUUAUAGAGAUGGCAGAGGUAAUUUCAGCCGAUGAGAGAAUGUCGGCUCAGCGCCGUGCUGAAGCUGCUACUCAUGGUAGUAGUGUUGGGGAUGGCGAUGAUGUAAACAAUGGGAUGUCAUGA